AUGAAAAGCUUCAGAGGUGAAAUUCACCUCAGCAAGGUUGCCAGAGAGUAUAAUCCAGGUGAUACUGUCGAUGGAAUGUUCCGUUUGACAGCAAACAGGCCCUUUUACUUGAAACACAUUUUCGCUGGAUACACCUGUAAGUCCACCACCAGCUUGCUCAAACAAGACCAGAAACUCUAUCUCAGUGGGGUCCAGCCCAAGCUGAUCCAAGGCGAUGAAGACCACUAUUUGUUGAAUUACGAAAAUGACGUUUUGACGUUGCCCCAUGACGUCAAGGACAAGGAAAAGGUUGAGGUACCCUUCAGAAUCAAGCUUCCACGUUUGAGCCAGAAGUAUGGUGAAUGUGACACUCACACUUUUCCACGUCGGGAUGGGCUCUUUGACCAUGUUCCAGAACACCAGAGGACCCUUCCACACAGGGCUAAGUUUAAGGUAAACCAACAUACCAUUAUUGAUGUCUCGCAUUACAUCAAGGUGGAAGUCUGUGCUGUAGUUGAUGGAGAAGAAGAAUGGGAAGAAGUGAUCCAGCCAAUGCCUUUUGAGCCGCUUCCAGAACAGGUUCCACGGAACUGGGAGCAUUUGGUGAAAGACGAAGAGCUUCUUCCAGAUGUUCAGGAAAAAGCCAUGAUGGCCAAGAUCCACACGCCUUUUGGUUAUGGACCACAGCAAAUCGAGACAAAGCUUGCCAUUCAGUUUUUGGAUCCCGGGCUCAUGAACACGCCAUUGGGUCCUUCAAGAAGAAACCUCAUUUGCGACCAUCCGUUACCGGAUUUCAUCAAGAUCACCGUUGAGCUUCCUAAAGAAGUCUUGAAGCUGAAGCUCCACACGAGACCGAUUCAUAUUACGGGAACCAGGCUUGUUAUGAAAAGAGACGCCACGAUUAUUGGCGGGAUUCACGGCAAAACCGACAAUCCUGGCGAAUACUGCUAUAAGAAGCACCGCAAGGUCUACUGCCUGACUGCCAUCAUGGGACAAAGGGAUUGGAAGGAGAAGGUACAACCGGAAAUUGUUGAUGAAAAGGCAGUCUUUGAGAUUCCAAGACAUUUCAUUGGAUUCCAUAUUCCUCGAACAGGUGAAUCCAUGAAAGCGUGCAACUUCACCGUGGACUCAACCUUGGUUGUGAGUAUUCGGUUAUUGAUUGGACACAACACCAAAAUCGAACUUUCGGAGCAGCUUCCGAUCAUGCUUUUAAUGCCGCUCAGUGAAAGAGCCAAGGCAUUUCUAGCUGGAAGAAAUGGACAUCCUCAGUCCACCCACCAAUAUUCAACUUUCCUUGCAGGUAGACAGCCCAAGCCAAUUCAAGCCAAGAAGGCUCCCGUGAAGGUUCCAAAGAAAAAGGAAGCUUCGAGGAGGGGGCUUGUUUCCACGCUUUUGUCAAAAGCUUUUCCUGGGUUAACUGGUGGACAGGUAGCCAAGACUGACCAGAGUGGUGAGACGAAUGAGGAUGCUCAAGAGGAGGAUGAGCCAAAGGACGAUAGUGAGUCCAAGGGUGAGGAAAGUGGUCCUAAGGAAGUUUCUGCCGAGGAGGCUGCACCGGAAGAGAAUUCGGAUUCGAAUAGCCCUAAUCCAAAGGAAACAUCGGUGUUGAAGGACAACACUCCAGAGGAUGAGGCAUCGAAGGACAACAGUCCAGUGGACGAGACCUCGCCAAAGGAUGCCGAAUCUGAGGAUCUGACUACCAGCCCAACUAAGAACACCUCAAAGGAAUCUCCUUCGAAUCCAGCUGAGGAUUCAUCCGAGAAACCUCCAACUAAGAGUACCGGACUCAGAAAAAAGAGCUUUCCGUGGUGGUACUCUCCACUGAGAGAAGCUUCACCUCCUGAGAAAGCAGAAUCACAGGAAACGGCGAAGAAAGAUACUCCAAUUGAACGUAGCUCCAGUUUAGCCAAUAUGCUCAAGCUCUUUGAGAAGCUCAACCUGAGCAAAGACGAUCAACUGAAGAACACCACAAACGGUGAAUCUGCCUCGGAGUCUUCGAAGUCAAAAUCUUCAGAGCUGGAAUCUCCAAAGCCGGAAUCCCCAAAGCCAGAAUCAAAGCCUUCUAAGAGUACCUCCGACGAGACGCUUGUGCAAGAUGAAGCAGCUUUAAACCCACCUUCCGAAAACAUACCUUCUUCAAAUUUGGGAAGGAAGGCCAUGGAGUGUUCUCCAGGAAGCAGUUCGGACAGUGACCACACAAGGUAUACUGAUUGCGCCGAAAACCUCUAG